GCAAAUGUCAUCGGCGAGCUCCCCAAUUAUCUGAGGGGAACAUCAUCAUAACGCCGUGGGUAUGCGAUUCCUACCUUCACUAGCUCUCACAUUCGUCUGGACGAAAACAUAUCCUCCCUAAGUCUCAUUAUCAGCUCUCCCAGAACACUGCCACAACACAUCACCCACCAUGGCGUCUCAGAGCACUACCCGCGGCAUCCUGUAUGUAACGAUGCAGCCCAAGGAGGGUCUGCCUCCUGCCCAAUUCCACGAUUGGUACAAUAACGAACACGGUCCCGGUCGCCUCCGUCUCUCUUUCUGCCAGAAUGGUUUCCGCUAUCGCGCAAACGACCUUCCAGCAUCCUCGUCGACCGGUACGCAGGAGCAGCCAGAAUGGAUGGCUAUCUACGACAUCGACGAUAUGGAUUACCUCACCAAAGACGUGUACACGCGACUUCGCAAAGCGCCUGUUCAGAGCCAGAGAGAGCGCGAUACCAUGAAGCAGAUACACGUAGAUAGGCGCUUCUAUGACGCAGUUGACGGAGAUGAGUGGAAGGCGGAUGACUUCAAAGUCUUGGAAGAGGUGCAAAACGAAGGCGAGGGCAACGUCGUAGUCGCUGUAUACCUAUCUUUGAAAGAGGGUGAAGGCAAAGAAGAGGAAUUGGCCAAGUGGUACCGCGAGGAGCAUGUCCCUCUGUUGUCUAAAGUGCCUGGCUGGCGUCGGACGAGGCGCUUUGUGACAAGCUACUUAGACUUGCAAGAUGGCAGAGAAAAGGUGUACUUGGCGCUGCACGAAUACGCGCCGCAGAACGGGCUAGGUGGUCCAGACUUCAAGAAGGCUACUACUACGGACUGGACCAGCAAGAUUUACGAGAAUGUGGUCGCGUCCAAGUUCAGAAGGGUAUACAACCUUUACUACACGUUCGGGCCAGCACCACGAGACCUUCAAACCCUUACUUCGCCCGACACCAUUCUGGCAGAAUCCACAGACGGAGCGACAAAGACAUAUCCCGCUUCCUCAAACAACGCCGUUCCGGCGAUCGACUCCUUCAUCACCACAUCAGACGGUGUUAACCUUCCCUACCGCCUGGAAGGGUCGUCCGAUCCCAACGCGCCCCUCCUCAUUCUUUCAAACUCUAUCCUAGUCGAGUACGGCAUCUGGGAUGACUUCGUCAAGGAGUUCCUGCAGUUCACUAACAAUAAGUACCGCGUUCUACGCUACAACUCGCGUGGUCGCACCGCACUCCCGUUAUCUGCGAAUGAGACCGUCACAGUCGACAAGCUCGCCAGCGACAUCAUCACCAUCAUGGACGCCCUCCGCGCAAAGACCGCCAGCGUCGUCGGCGUCAGCCUCGGCGGCGCUACCGCGCUCUGCGCCGGCCUCACCUACCCCGAGCGCGUCACAGCCUUCGUCGGCUGUGACACAAACUCCUUCGCUCCCGAAUCCAACCCCAAGGCAUGGGGCGAGCGCAUCGCUGUUGCAGAGAAAGAGGGCCUCAAGUCCUCAACCACCUCGGAACCCAUCGUUGGUGAGGAGCUCGCCGAGAUGACUACGCGCCGGUGGUUCGUGAAAGAGAGCUACGAGGAUGCUGAGCUGGCGAAGAAGAUUGCGAGAGUGAAUGAGAUGGUGAAGACGAAUUCACUGGCUGGGUUCAAGGAUGGGGUCAAGGCGCUAUAUCAGUAUGACUUUAGGGAUAGGAUGGGCGCGUACAAGGGGAAGGGUGCAUUCUUGGCGGGUGCGGGUGACGGCGUGUUGCCGAAGACGAUGCAGGGGAUGGCGGAUGCGUUGGGGAGUGGGGUUGAGUUGAAGGUCGUGGAUAAGGCGGGGCAUUUGCCGAUGGUGGAGCAGCCGAGGGAGGUAGCGGAGUUUAUUGCAAAAUUCUUGGGUUGAAGGUGAAGGGUAGAUGGAAGAUGUGGGCUGUCACUGAAUAUUACUAUUGGCGAUUUAUCUGUCG